UCGGCCACAUAAAGGAGCGGGCGGCGCGACUGGGGUGGCUCUUUCCUGGGUGGGGUUUGUGAAGUCGUGGCCCGUUAGCAGGAAGCCGAGCAGUCGCCCCGACGCUAGCGAGGUGCCAAUCCGAGCCCCCAGCCCCCUGAGUCCGAGCCGAGCGUACUGCGUGCUCAGCGCUGCCCGACAGCUCCUUGCCAAACUUCGCCAACUUCGCCGCAUUUGCUGCCACCAUGCCCAAGACGAUCAAUGUGCGUGUGACCACCAUGGACGCAGAGCUGGAGUUUGCCAUCCAGCCCAACACUACUGGCAAGCAGCUGUUUGACCAGGUGGUGAAAACUAUUGGCCUGCGGGAAGUUUGGUUCUUUGGUCUGCAAUACCAGGACACUAAGGGUUUCUCCACUUGGCUGAAACUCAAUAAGAAGGUGACUGCGCAGGAUGUGCGGAAGGAAAGCCCUCUGCUCUUCAAGUUUCGGGCCAAGUUCUACCCUGAAGAUGUAUCCGAGGAAUUGAUCCAGGACAUCACACAACGCCUGUUCUUCCUUCAAGUGAAGGAGGGCAUUCUCAAUGAUGAUAUUUACUGCCCACCUGAAACUGCCGUGCUGCUGGCCUCCUAUGCUGUCCAGUCCAAGUAUGGCGACUUCAAUAAGGAAGUCCACAAGUCUGGCUACUUGGCUGGAGAUAAGUUGCUUCCACAGAGGGUCCUGGAGCAGCACAAACUCAACAAAGACCAGUGGGAGGAGCGGAUCCAGGUGUGGCAUGAGGAACACCGGGGCAUGCUCAGGGAGGAUGCUGUCCUGGAGUAUCUGAAAAUUGCCCAGGACCUGGAGAUGUAUGGUGUGAACUACUUCAGCAUCAAGAACAAGAAAGGCUCGGAGCUAUGGCUGGGGGUGGAUGCCCUGGGUCUCAAUAUCUAUGAGCAGAAUGACAGACUGACUCCCAAGAUAGGCUUCCCUUGGAGUGAAAUCAGGAACAUCUCUUUCAAUGACAAGAAAUUUGUCAUCAAGCCUAUUGACAAAAAAGCCCCGGACUUUGUCUUCUAUGCUCCUCGGCUGCGGAUUAACAAGCGGAUCUUGGCCCUGUGCAUGGGAAACCAUGAGCUAUACAUGCGCCGUCGCAAGCCUGAUACCAUUGAGGUGCAGCAGAUGAAGGCACAGGCUCGGGAGGAAAAGCAUCAGAAGCAAAUGGAGCGUGCUUUGCUGGAAAAUGAGAAGAAGAAGCGUGAGUUGGCAGAAAAGGAGAAGGAGAAGAUUGAACGAGAGAAGGAGGAACUGAUGGAGAAGCUGAAGCAGAUUGAGGAACAGACUAAGAAGGCUCAGCAAGAACUGGAAGAACAGACCCGUAGGGCUCUGGAACUUGAACAGGAGCGGAAGCGGGCCCAGAGUGAGGCUGAAAAACUGGCCAAAGAGCGUCAAGAAGCUGAAGAGGCCAAGGAGGCUCUGCUGCAGGCCUCCCGGGACCAGAAGAAGACCCAGGAACAACUGGCAUUGGAAAUGGCGGAGUUGACAGCUCGGAUCUCCCAGUUAGAGAUGGCUCGACAGAAGAAAGAGAGUGAGGCUGUAGAAUGGCAGCAGAAGGCUCAGAUGGUACAAGAAGACUUGGAGAAAACUCGUGCCGAGCUGAAGACUGCCAUGAGUACUCCUCAUGUGGCAGAACCUGCUGAAAAUGAGCAGGAUGAGCAGGAUGAGAAUGGGGCAGAGGCCAGUGCUGAUCUGCAGGCUGACGCCAUGGCCAAGGACCGAAGUGAAGAGGAACGUACCACUGAAGCGGAGAAGAAUGAGCGUGUGCAGAAGCACCUGAAGGCCCUCACUUCUGAGCUGGCCAAUGCCCGUGAUGAGUCCAAGAAGACUGCCAAUGACAUGAUCCAUGCUGAGAACAUGCGACUGGGACGAGACAAAUACAAGACCCUGCGCCAGAUCCGGCAGGGCAAUACCAAGCAGCGCAUUGAUGAGUUUGAGUCCAUGUAAUGGGCACCCAGCCUCUAGGGACCCCUCUUCCCUUCUUCCUUGCCCCUGUACUCCUGUAUUCUUGCCUAACUUACACUGUGCUAGAGCCACUAACUAGAGCAGCCCCUGGAGUCAUGCCAAGUGUUCAGUGUAGCCAUGGGACCAAACCUAACCCCUCAGCCCUCACUCACUUCUCUGGGCAGAGAAAUGGCUCACUUUGGUGCCAAUGGGACCAUCUUCCCUCUCUGUCCCAUUCAAUCUAGUUUGCUAGAAGAGACCACUUCCCCAGCUCAGACACACUUCUCACUUGAUUAGAGAAACAUCCCCACAUUUACUGUUGUUCUGCAGAAGUCAAGUAUAGAGUAGGUUGAAAACCAGCCCCCACCACUGCCUUACUCUCAGGGUCCUGUGAUUUGAAGAACUAGAGCAUCACAGGGUUUAAGGAAGAAGGCAGGGCCCUGGCUAUAUGCUCUAAGAUGUCAACCGACCUAGGAUUAGGCCUCCCAGUGCCCAUUCCUUCUAGAGUUAUUUAGGCUUUGUAAUGAUUGGAGGCUGAAAAGAUGUUCAAUUAUUCUCUCUACCUCCCAGAUUGGGCCUGUUAUAAACUCAGUCCCAAUAAGCCUUGUCCCUGACUUCAGGGACUUAGUUUCUCCCCAAGUUGAGAUGGGGGAGACAGUGCCUUCAAGAGGCUUCACUAACAUCCUAGAAGGCUAUUCACCCUUCUAUUCAGGCAAGACUGGGUAUAAGAUCCUUCCCUCAAUGCUUUAUGGGAACCUAGACCUGUUUCAAGUGAGCUCUAUGGGCAGAAGUCUCCCUUAUUAUUCUGGGUUCCUCCUCCCUUCUUGGGAUUUACCCCUCCCCAUUACAAUCCCCAAAUCCCCUCCUGUUGUAACAGUAGAGAUUGGCACCCAGAAACUCAGCCCUAUCUAAGACUCUUGCCAAAGGGAGGAAAUGUUCACACCUGGCUUCAGUAUUUUCCCUGCCAGGGGUCCUAGGCCACUUUUCUCAUCAGAGCCACUUGAAACACAGCUCCAGCUUCAAGGCCAUCCAUGCCUUGGUGUGGUGAGCCCUGGAGCUUGAUGUCAAUUGGCUGAAGUAGUGAAUAGAUAGAAGCUGAGUGUGGUGAGAGAAGCCCAUGACCUGGAUCCCACAGUUUACUUGACUCCCUCGUGUACCUAAUAAUCCCUUCCCAUUGCCCCCAUCCAAGGUGGUGACUGGGCCCUGCCUCUGUUUGACAAACCUCUAACCCAGGUCUUGUCACCAGCUGUGCUGUCCCUUGGAGCUGUAAAUCAGAGAACUGUUGGAGGCUCUGGCCUGGUCUCUUCUACAGCCCCACCCUUGCUGUCAACCCAGGAGCAGCCUCUUCCUCCUCUGUUGCAUGUGUGCGCUUUUUUUUUUCUUUUUACCAGUAUUAUAUAUUCUAGUGGCAUCUAACUCAAUAUUGAUUUCCGCAUUUCCUGCUAAUGCACCCUUAGAACAUAUUAGUCUUGGAGCAGAAUCAUUUUGACCUCAUUCCCUUACCACCCCCACACCUGGGAAGUAUAUACUAUAUGAUAAGAGAAUAUUUUGCCAGAACAUUAAUGUAAGAAGCUUUCAGUGUUAGUGAUGUCACCUGUCACUAUAGGUCAUACAAUCCAUUCUUAAAGUACUUGGUAUUUGGUUUUAUUCCUUUAUUACCUUCUCCCCAGAGUUCAGUCCCUAGGGGGCUAUACUGUCCCUGCAGUACCCCUAGCCCAGAGACCAUGGCUUCUAUCCCCCUCUCCUCUCCUUUACCCGCCUCCUGACCUUGGGGAGUUUUAUGUGCAUUGCUGUGAAUUACAUUGAUAUUCUUGGUGAUAUUCCCUAUAUUGGCUAAAUUCAAACCUGGAAUUGUGGGGCAAUCUAGCUGCCCUAAGAGCAGUAACCCACCCCCAGGAGGCUGGGGAGAAAAGUUAGAUUUUGUAUUCAUUUUUUUUGUGUGUGUUUUUUGGGUUUUUAAAAUUUGUGGGGGUUUUUUUGUUUGUUUUGUUUUUGUUUUUGUUUUUGUUUUUGGAGGGGUUUAUGCUCAACCCAUGUUCUAUUUCAGUACCAAUAAAAUUUAGGAAGACUUCACUGUGA